AUGGAAAAGCGACACAAUGGCUUGGUGGAGGAUCUGUUGGAAUUUGCGUACGUUGAUGGAGCCACCGAAUUUGCUGCCGCAUUCAUCGUUAGCCCUGCCAUCUUCCAGACACUCAAAGUUCGGCUUCUUGUCAUGGAUGCCACUGGAUGUGGUGGCAGUGAUGGCGAUCCUUCAACCGCCACUAACAGCUGUAACGAUCCAAAAGUAAACUGA